UGUAUAUUUUAUAUAAUGUCAUUUUGGACUUUAAAAAAAUUUUUCCUAAUCCUUAUCAAACAUAGACUUCUCCUAGACCAAUAUUUGUUAAUGCAUUUAAUAAAAAAGACUUAAAAAGAUUCUUAUUUCUAUUUGUUAGAACUUGGGAGGUUUAGGUGCAAAGAAUAUAGAAUAAAUUUGUUCUAAGGUAAUUUUACCUUAUUUACUUAAUGACUGAAUCUAUUCUUAUCUUCCCCAAUUAUCAAGUUUUUCUCUCUGUCCUUGCUGGACUAGAAAAUCAAAAGUAGUCUAUGUUUCUUUGCUUUUUGACUGCAGAAAAGAUUGUUGACAAUCCCGACUCCAAUUUACAAUGUUUUUCGUGACCCCAUGGCCUAUAUACACUAUAUUUUUUUUCUAAAGGGAGGCAGUUUAUGUAUCACAAUUCAAUUACCCUACAACAGACCAUGUUUUGAUCUAAGUAUGGUGGACACCACAUGUAUCUAUAAAUUGAGAUGAUGAUGAGUAAAGGAAGAGAGAAUGAAAGGUAGUAGGAGUAAUUCUGGUCACUUAAGAGUAUAGUUAUCCUAUAUAUAAAUAUUGAUAUACAGGAUAAUUAUAUUCUUUUGGUUUCAUUGGCUUUAAUCAGCUGAAGAACAUGCCUUUUCUUAUUUUUCUUGAAUAUCUAUUUUGAGAUUGUUCGGGGGGGGGCAUGUGAAAUAAAUAGUCAUAAUUGGCAGUCCAGCUUGGCCCCUGUAUGGAAUUUAAUAGAAUCUCUCUCUCAGUCCUCUGCUCACGUGUAGGAUCUUCUCUUCUACUUUUUGCACAUACUUAUGGCUAUAUUAAUUGGGGUUUGGAGAUAGAAUUAAGCAUUACUAUCAUGGUAAAUCCUAAGUUGUCAGACUAGCAAUGUAAAUAAUUUAUGUUUAAAAUUAACCUCAAUUUUUGAAGAUCUAUGAUGUAUUCCAGAAACACUUAAACAUUCCAGAGAUGGACUCAAAUAAUAAAAAUUUGGAUUCUAGUGUCCCAUAGGUCUCCAUUUAGUGAUUAAAAUAGAUAAAUAUAUGAAAAAUUAAAUCAUCAAUAUAUCUGAAUUUCCUUCAAAAUGAUCUUUCAAAAAUAACUUAAUAUACUAUGAAAUUCACACAGAUUGAUAGUUAUGUGAUCAUCAACACAAUCAUGUUUUAAAACGUUUGCUUCAUCCCCAAAACAUACCUCUUACUUGUUUGCAGUCACAUGCCAUUUUGUCCCCAUUCCAACGUUACAACUAAUCUACUUUCUGCUAAUAUAUAUUUUCUUUUCCAAGACAUUUCAUAUAAAUAGAAUUUCCAAUAUGUAGUCUUUUGCACUUGGCUACUAUCAUUUCAUGUAAUGUUUUUGAAGAUAUUUAUGUUGUGCUAUAUACCAUACUUUCAUUCCUUUUAUUACUGAAUAGUAUUUAAUUUUGUGAGAAUAUCGGAUUUUGUUUAUCAAUAAAUGUAUUUAUUCAUAAAUUGAUAGACAAUUGGAUAGUCUUAUUCUUUUGGCCAUUAUAAAUUAUGCUACCGAGAGCAGUUACAUAAAAAUAUUUGUAUGAUAGUGUUCACUUCUCUCUGGUAUAUUCCUGAGAAUCAUAUUGUUAAUAGGUAAGUUUAUACCCACCAUUAGAAGAAACUGCAAAAUCUUUUCAAAGUGAUUGCAUAAUUUUAUAUUCCCAUCAUCAAAAUGUGAAGGUUUUAGUCUCUCUACAUACUCAUAGCACCUUUAUUGGCUAUUAAUUUAGUUAUAGUCAUUCUAUUGCAUGCGAACAGUCAUCUCAUUGUGGUUUUAAUUUACAUUCCUCUAACGAUGAAUGAACAUACUUUUGUAUACCAUUAGCCUCUGAUAUACUUUGAUGAAACGUCUAGUGAAAAGAGUAUGCCCAUUUUUUAAAUGGCAUGCGUCUCUUAUUUUAAUUUUAAGAAAUACAUGUGUAUUUUUCCUACAAAUCUCUUAUCAGAUAUAUGCUUUACAAAUAUGUAUUAUCUCUGUGUUUAACAAUGAUUUCAUAAUGGUACCUUUUGAAGUAUGUAUUUCUGGACUGUCAGUCUUUACCGUUGUGUAUAUAUGUAAUUAUAUAUGCCAGUGCCAUACUUUUUUGAUUACUUCAUUAUUAGGGUGAGUUUUGCAAUCAGAAAGUAUAGACCCUCCAUCUUUUUUUUUUUACUUUUUUCUUUCUUUUGGCCUCACCCAUGGCAUGUGGAAAUUCCUGGGCCAGAGACGGAGUCUAUGGCACAGCAAUGACCCGAGUCACAGCAGUAACAAAUCCAUAUCCUUAACCCGAUGAGCCACCACAGACCUCCUAAACCUUCCAUCCUUACCCUUCUUUUUCACAAUUAUUUAGGCUACACUAGUUUCUUUCCAUAUACAUUUUAUGAUCACUUUGUCAGUUUUUACAAGAACAGUCUGCUGGGAUUUAUAAGAAUUAUGUUGAAUUUAUUGCUCAUUUUGCUCAGAAUUGUUUCCCAAUUAUGUUGCGUGCUCCAACCGAUGAAUGUGGCUAUCUCUUCAUUUAUUUAAAUCUUUAAUUUCUUUCAACUAUUUUGAUGGUUUUCUGUAUAUGUAUCUUGCAUCUUCCUUUAGAAAAAUUGAUUCUCUUUUUGAUGCUAUUAAAAAGAGAAUUGUUUUCUCUGUUUCAUUUUUUGCAUUGUAUUCCUAUUGUAGUAGGCACAAUAAUGACCUUCCAAUGAUGUCCAUGUAUCAAGCCCAGAAACAUGUAAAUAGCUUAGGUUAAAUGAAAAAGGAGGAAGGCUAGAGACAGAAUUAAGUUUGCUAAUCUGCUGACCUUUAGGUAGAUUAUUUUAUAUCAUUUGCGUGUGACCAUAUAAUCAUGGUAUUCUUCAAAGUGGAUGGCAGAAUCAGAGUCAGAGGAAGAGGUGUAACUUUCCCAACUUUGAAGAAAGAAGAGGGAGACCAUGAACCAGAGGCUACUAGAAACUGGAGAGGGCAUAAUUUUUUCUUAGAACACAAGUCUGCAUAUCCUAGAUUCCUGUAUUUGUGUACCUGAAUAUGUUUUACCUCUUUCCUUUUCAGGUCUUGGCGAAAAAUCUCACCAUGGUCACGGAGUUCCUGUUGCUGGGUUUCUCCAGCCUUGGUGAAAUUCAGCUUGCCCUCUUUGUGGUUUUCCUUUCCCUAUACCUCGUCAUUCUCAGUGGUAAUGUCACUAUUGUUAAUAUCAUCCGCCUGGAUAAAAGCCUUCACACACCAAUGUACUUCUUCCUUGGCAUACUCUCAACAUCAGAGACCUUCUACACCUUUGUCAUCCUACCCAAGAUGCUUCUCAAUCUCCUUUCUGUGGCCAGGACUAUCUCCUUCAUCUGUUGUGCCAUCCAAAUGUUCUUCUUCCUUGGUUUUGCUAUUACCAACUGCCUGCUAUUGGGAGUGAUGGGCUAUGAUCGUUAUGCUGCCAUAUGUCACCCUCUACAUUAUCCCAUCCUUAUGAGUUGGCACGUGUGUGGAAAAUUGGGAGCCACCUGUGGGAUUGGUGGGUUCUUGGCCUCACUAACAGUAGUGUAUUUAGUUUUCAGCCUCCCUUUCUGUAGUGCCAACAAAGUCAACCAUUACUUCUGUGACAUCUCACCAGUUAUUCGUCUGGCUUGCACAAAUACAGAUGUUCAUGAAUUUGUCAUAUUCAUCUGUGGGGUUCUUGUACUUGUGGUCCCGUUUUCACUCAUCUGUGUUUCUUAUGUCUGCAUUCUGAGGACUAUCCUGAAGAUUCCUUCUACUGAGGGUAGACGAAAAGCUUUUUCUACCUGUGCUUCUCACCUUACUGUUGUUAUUAUUCACUACGGUUGUGCUUCCUAUAUCUACCUGAGACCAACAGCAAACUUUGUGUCCAACAGGGAUAGGCUGGUGACAGUGACAUACACCAUUGUCACUCCAUUAUUAAAUCCCAUAGUAUACAGUCUCAGAAACAAAGAUGUCCAAGUUGCUAUUAGAAAAGCGUUGGGGAAGAAAGGAUCCCUGAAAUUCUAUAACUGAUGCCCAGUUUACUGUAAUAACUAAAGUUCUAAAUUUCAUUUAAUGCUAAGCAUUUCACCAUUGCAUUGGAAUUGUUUUUGUGAAGUCUACAUUGGGCCAAUGGGAGUAGACUUAUAGAUCAAGUGCCGCUACCACUGAUCUUUCUACUAAUUUUUGUAACUGGUACUUAGGGACUACAUUAGGGAAUAAGGAGAACUAUAUGGAGGAAAGUAGGACUGCACCUGCAGCAUAUGGAAGUUCCCAGACCAGGGGUGAACUCAGAGCUGUAGCUUCCAGUCUACAU